GGUGAAGGCUGCGCAGACUGAGUUAGGACAGCAAAUCCUGGCUGAUUUUGAAGAAGCAUUUCCUUCCCAGGGUACCAAGAGGCCAGGAGGACCCAGCAAUGUCCUGAGAGAUGCAUGCCUGGUGGCUAAUAUUUUGGACUCCAGAAUCAAACAAGAAAUCAUCAAAAAGUUUAUUAAACAGCAUUUAUCAGAGUAUCUAGUACUUUUUCAAGAAAACCAGGACGUCGCCUGGCUGGACAAAAUUGACAGGCGUUAUGCCUGGGUGAAACGCCAGCUUGUGGACUAUGAGGAGAAGUAUGGCCGGAUGUUCCCACGGGAGUGGUGCAUGACGGAGAGGAUCUCAGUAGAAUUUUGCCACGUGACGAGGGCAGAACUGUCCAAAAUCAUGCGAGCCAGAGCUAAGGAAAUUGAGGUGAAAUUGCUUCUUUUUGCGAUUCAGAGGACAACUAACUUUGAGGGGUUUCUUGCAAAACGCUUCUCCGGUUGCACCCUGACAGACGGAGCCCUGAAAAAGCUGGAGUCCCCACCACCAUCUACCAACCCCUUCCUGGAAGACGAGACAACACCAGAGACGGACGAGCUGGCACUGGAGAAAGGAGAGUUAGAGCAA